CUCCUCUCGACCUCCGCGCUACAAAAGGGUUUGUAUUACUUCAUGUUUUGUUAUUGAUCUGGCAGUCGUCUUGCCGCGCUACGGUCUAGUGCAACAAGUCAGUGAUGCCCCCUGGGGCGUUGUUGGAAGCCCGGCCUGGACGGCCACCGCUCUCCCCUGGCGUGGAGAUUUCAAAACUGGAUCCUCACGGAUGCUGAAAUUAAGUAGGUAGGUAGGCCAUGCUCUUCAGGCGCCUGUGGCCUUUACCUUUUCUUUUCUCGACCCUGCCAUCUUUCUCUGCACCCCUCUGCUAUCCCCGCUGCGCCUUCCCCUACGCACUUCAGUCCGAACAUUACACCUAAGUCCGUAUCUUGCUUUGCAAUAUGUCUCCUAGGAUACCUCCACCAGACAUCACCUUCGUCGACUCUCCCGCAUUGCCGGAUCCGCAGUGGUACUCCCACGCCGCCUCCAUAAACGGAGCGGGCCGCCUAAUCUUCACCUCCGGCCAGGUCGGCCAGCACAAAGAUGGAAGCUUCCCACUCAGCUUCGGCGAUCAAGUGAAGCAGGCUGUCGCCAACCUCGCCGAUGUAUUACGGGCGGCGGGCGCAGCGCCUCGCGACGUUGUCCAACUGCGCUUCUAUUGCGUCGACUGGUCCAUGGAUAUCGGAGGCGAUCUGGUCACUCCUGUGCUCGCUCUGCUCACCGAGACCUACGGGGUAACGUAUCGCCCACUCACGACUCUCGUCCCAGUUCCGAAGUUGGCGUUCCCGGAAGCCAAAUUCGAGAUCGAGGCCGUGGCAAGCGUGGGCGGGUUAUCGCGGCCAUGGGUGUUGGCAGACGGUCAUCUUCCCAACGGAGCUCAAACUCUCGUUGCCAACCGAUUCCCUGUGCCUGCGGCAGAGGUGGAUGUUCUGGUGGUCGGGGGAGGUUUCUCGGGUCUGAUGGCAGCAUAUGAGUGUCAGCAAGCGGGUCUAAAGACUGUCUUGCUCGAGGCUCGGCAUCGCGUUGGCGGUCGAAGCUGCUCGUUGGCUCUGAAGAGUGGCCCUGGCGUCAUUGAGCUGGGCGCCACCUGGAUCAACCGCACGACUCAGCCAGCCGUCUACGCUCUCACCGAGAAGUUCGGUCUGGAGACAGCCGAGCAGUACACCACGGGUCAGGAAAUCUUCCAAGGAUUAGACGGAUGCGUAACGAAAGUUCCAGAUCCCCAGUCGCGUCGAAUAAGCGACUCAGACCCAGAGACCACCGAGAAAGUACAGAAGCUCUUCCAUCUGAUUGAAGAGGCGGCCAACCAGCAGGACAUUCGAAAAUGGGACAGUUUCCCAGAGCACGAAGACGUCACUGUGGCAGAAUGGGUUACGCAAAAGCGACUGUACGAUAAUGCCACCGUUCGAGCACAAUGCCAACAUUUGACGAGUGCCAUUGUCGGACGCGAGCCGCACGAAACCGGAGCGCAAUACUUCCUGGACUAUAUCAAGUCCGGCUGUGGCCUCACCAGCAUCAUUAGCGAGGGUGAAUUCGGCGCGCAGUCCCUGAAAGUCAAAAAAGGAACAUCGUCCAUCGCAAUGGCUCUUGCUUCCGAAAUUGGCCCUGGCAAUGUCUUCGUCCAUAGCCCCAUCAACACCAUCGUCCAGUACAGAAAAGGAGCCACCGUCACCACCACCGGCGGCCAAACGUUCACCGCGAAGAAAGUGAUCCUCGCCAAUCCGACCAACACCUACAGCAACAUCCAGUUCUCACCCCCGCUGCCCGCCGCAAAGCGAACCCUCGUCUCGCGCACGAAGCCCGGCGUAUAUGCCAAAAUGGUAAUUUCUUACACCUCCCCGUGGUGGCGAACCGCCGGACUGGUCGGCAAGUUCUCCUCCCUGCUGGGGCCUAUCUGCUUCAGCUGGGAUACUAGCAGUGUCCCCGAUCAGCAAUAUAGCCUUGCCUUCUUCAUCGCCGGCGAGCGCGCCGCCAAAUGGCAUGCGCUUAAUGCGCUCCGUCGUGAAGAAGCGGUGAUCGAGCAUCUCGCGACCCUGGUUGGACCCGAGCUAGCUGAUAAGGUGAGAGAUGUGCUCGAGGUGAAUGAGGUAGAGUGGACCAAGGAGGAGUAUAUUGGAGGGGCACCGACGAGCACAAUUGGCCCGGGACUGCUCCGUAAGUACGGCGCGGAGUUGAGGACACCGUUUAGAGAUUUGCAUUUCGCUGGUGGGGAACUGGCAUUUGAAUGGAAAGGAUAUCUGGAAGGUGCCGUUACGUCUGGGAAGCGAGCUGCCAGUGAGGUGAUUGACGUAUUGAAGAGCGGCGAUGGAAGUAAACUAUAGGUUUGGUUAAGUCUUAAAAAGGUUGCUUGAUAUUGGCUUUCAAGUUAUUAUCUUCCUUCUUGACAAUCUCAGACGGUUUUCAUGGCAUGAUACAUACUCUGUGGAUCUACCAAUCACCGUGCCGCCUUCAUCGGG